AAAUCUUAGCGUGGACAUAAUAUGUGGGUUGAGUUUGUUGUUGGUUCUAAUCCUUGCCCGAAGAGGUUAAUCUUCAGGUACUCUGGUUUUCCCCUCUCCUUAAAAACCAACACCUCCAAUUCCUAUUUGAUCUAGAAUGCAGGGACACAUUUAAACAUUCAAGCUCUUAAAACUCCUACAUGGAAGUGUUUUGUGGGUAAACAAUUAUUACAAUUACUAUUAAUAGAGAGCUUCAACACAAAUUUGACGCUGACUCGUGUCCAAGAGACCUACACUCUAUUUUCUUUUGAUGUAUCUGGGUGUUAAUAUGGGCGUGACAAGGGUCGGUGGGGUUUUUAGGGGUAUCUGGAUCAGUUUUUGUACAUUAAUAAUAACAACUUUUGUUUUAAUUUCCUACUUGUUGUGUUCAGGCUGGUGAAUAUUUCCUCUCAUUUAGGAGGUUUAUCUCAGCUAUCAGAAGAGCUCCAAAAGAAAUUUUCAUCCCCAUCAUUAACUGAAGAAGGCCUUGUCAAGUUGAUGGAUCAAUUUUUGCAGUAUGUAAAUAUGAACUCAAACUGUGGUUCCAGUGUUAAUCAUCUUUUUUCUUAGUUUAUAUCGUGUUGUUUGUGAUGAUGCAAUGCAAUGACUGAAUGGAUUUAAUUGCUGGAAUAUCUAGUAUGAAAUGCACUGAAAGGAUCUUUAAGGAUGGAUAUGAUAGGAGGUGCAAUCUUGAUUAAAACACUGAAUUCAGAAAACUCAAAUAUCAUUUACAGAAUCGUUUAACGGAUAUUGCACUGAUGACAAAUGCCUGGAGAGACUUUGUUGUACAGGAUACCCAAGCACAGUGUAAUUGAAAAACUCCUCCUUAAUUUCAUAAAAUUUUCUAUAAGUUUAAAUUCCUGCUAAGUGUCUUUAAAUGUUUAUGUUAUUCUCAGAGAUGUUAAAGAUGGAGUCCAUUCACAGAAAGGAUGGUCAAACACUGGUGAGAAAGCUGAUCCCUGUAUGUUAGCUUAUUCAUGGUUUAUAUGUCAUUGAAAUGAUUGGAAAAGCUCAUGAUCAGAUUUCCUUUAAAAAAAAGUAGAAAUGAAAAAAUUAUGUUGACAUUUUCAUUUGCAUUUACACGUUAUCUUUCACAGGUGAGUGUGUUACUAGAUUGUCUUUAAAGAAAGUAACUGUUCUGAGGGCUGUCAUUAAGGUUUUAAGGAACUUGUUUCUCACAGAGAGUAGCCAGUCAUUAAUUUUAUCCAACAGAUCCUCCCAUAUUUGUUGUUCGAUUUUCAAACUUAGAGUAGCCUGCGAGCAAGCUCUCAGGGGCGCUUUAGCGGUGGGGCAGGAAAAGGAAGGAGAGCUUGGAAUUUGAAUAUCUACAUCGAAAAAGGGGAUAAGAAAUGCUGAUUGGCUAAGAUGACAUUAGUAAUGACGUCAUUACCCUUAGCUUGUGUUUUUCAAUGUUUGUUUACAUUCACGCUCGUUUCCGCUUGCCGCUGAUUGGCGGAAAUCUGACACUUCCGUUGACGGGGAGCCACAGGGGAAUUGGAGGUGGAAUUCAAAUUGCAGAGACGUAGUUGCAAGCUCUCCUUCCUUUUCCCGCCCUGCCGCCUAGCCCCCUGGAGAGCUUGCUCGAGCCUGGCUAAACUUAGAGUAGCAGGCUUAUUUCACUCAGUGGCUGGCUACUGAUGACAGCCCUGGUUACUGGUUUUGUUUUGCCUUCACAGCAUAUGGAACCUCACAUAUUGGAGUUAUAGCUCUUACUAAGAUCCUUGCAAGAACUAUAACAGAAGAUUCUAGAGAUGACAUCCUCAUAAAUACUGUAAGUAUACAACUAAGUAUAAAACUGACAAGUUAUCUGUACAUGAAUAUGCCUAUUGAUGUCCUUUUACGUGCCUGUUAAGUAAGUAAAACCUCUUGGCAACAAUUUCACGAUUCACUUUAUUUUGUAUGUCGUAAAUUUAACUUAAGAGUAUGUGGACAAAAUCCUGUGGUAUGGCAAAUUCCCUUGCAAACGAAGCCUUAAUUGAUCUUUUCUUUAGCAGUACUUUUACAUGGGACUAUUAUUCAGUCCUUAGUUCUUAGAGUCUGAGGAUAUAAUCCCAUGGUAAGGAAAAAAUCAGCUCUCAGUGAUUUUUGUGGCAUGGGAUUUUGAGGAAAUUUGUAAUCAGGUAGUUAUUAGUUGUUGUUUUUAUUUUCCAUGCUAUUAGGACAAAUAAUGUGGCUACAUUUGAAAGCUGUCAUAAUUUUAUUUAGAUCUUAACAAAACUCCACUUUUUAGUGUGAUCCUGGCUGGGUACGUACAGACAUGGCUGGGCCGAAGGCAACAAAGUCGCCAGAUGAAGGUUUGUAGACUAUUGGCAUACCAUUUUAGAUAAGAGUGAACUGAUGUGUAAAAGCUGGUCUCAUGUUGAUUACCUGUGUUGUAUAGGAGCCCUUCUCCACAACAGAUAUCAGCACUUAGUUUUUAUUUUGGUGGAUGGUGGGGGGGUCUUAUGGCAUUAUUAAGAGUCAAAGAAAAUGUUUUGAUUAAGAAUGUCAGGGACCAACUCUACGGCCUGUUAAAUAGAGAGGUGUUCCCUUUAUAGAAGGUCAAAGAAAAUGAAUGAAGAAUAGUAGUGAUCAAAUUUAGAGAGGUGUCUGUCAUAGUGAGAUGUGCGCCAAAGGAGACUUGACAGUGGCUUUCCUUGAGAGAGGAGGAACUUGUGUAAUUUUUGCACCCCUCGGUCGACGUGUCGACCGAGCAACGGUCGACACUCGAUCGCCAAAGUACUGAGAAAAAUCUUGUGAGAUAAACUCCUUUUGAUUUGUUUUCAACUCUCUAAGCCCUUCUUAGUGAGCUCAAUUCCUAUAUAGCUGCAUAACAUCCUAGCUGUCUUGUCGUGAAAACUCUCGUAAAUGUGAAAUCCCUCAGGCCUCAUACUGAAAUAAGCUGCGGAGGUGUUAAGCUUGUUUUUGUUAUGGAAUUGUAGUUCAAUUAAAACACCACUGAUGUUAAAUGCCUUUAAGGCUGGAAGAAGGAUUUCAGGUCACUGCAGGUGAUCUCUUGACCAUUUUGAAAGUCCCGAUUUCCACAUAUACAUUCUACAGACUAAUCUCCAUACAUUCCUUUAACAAAUGAUCAUUUCAUUUGCUCUCAUAAGGUUUCCUCUUAAAGAAGCAUUGAGGUUAUGAAAAAUUUGAUGUUGGUCACUCGGGGAUCUUAAAGGGUUAAGAUUGUCUUUUCUAAACGGUUAAGGUUGCGCAGAGCAGUCACUUCCAAGGACGGAAAUGUGGAAAAAAGGGAAGUAAGGGGAGGCUAAAAGCCGCUUACUGCAUCUUACAGUUUGUAUUUACUUUGCCAGGGAAAUGCAAUUUUAUCAAGGAAAAGUGAGGAAAUUUAGAAAACUGCAUGGGCCCGUUUCUCGAAAGUCCCACGGUAAUCUUUCGGGUCUGGAAAGUUAUGUUUGCUUUGUUUGCACUCAGCAUCAAAGUUUUAAUAGUUUUGAAAAGGAUGCAAUGAAUUGUAGCUUGUUUCUGACAUAGGAACUGUGCCGCUAUUCAAUAGGUUUUUAUUUUAAAAUUUGCCUUCGGGCCCGAAAAGUUACCAGGCCUUUCGAGAAACGGGCCCAUGUCAAUCAGCCGAGGCAACAAUCAGUGGUGUUUGUACAACGUUGCUUGAAAAGGAAGAAAAAUUAAAGUUUUUUGUUUUGUUUUGUUUCCUCAGGCGCAGAGACACCAGUUUAUGUUGCAAUGCUUCCAAUAAAUGCUGGCAAACCACAAGGAGAAUUUCUGAAGGAUAAAGUGAUACUUGAAUGGGAAACAAUGUCUUUUCGUUCACAUGCGGUUGCUACUGACAAAGACUCACUACAAGAAGGUCGCUGA